UUUGGGGAGAGGAAGGACCUCUGAAGGACCCAGGAAGGCUCGUCAGGCUUCCUGCAAGCCUCUGAGGGAGAUGAAGGUGCUGUGGGCAGGCCAGAUGUGGCUGCUGCUGGUGGCCCUGUGCCUGGCCCAGGGGCUGGAAGAUGCCAUCCCAGAUGCUGAAGCAUUCCACAACCCUGAAAUAUUCAUGAACAUCAGCCAGAAGAUCCUUUUCCAUGGCUAUCCCAGCGAGGAGUACGACGUGAUGACAGAGGAUGGCUACUUCCUGAGCCUCAACAGGAUUCCCCACGGCAAGGGCGGCGCGGGGCUCGCAGGACCCAGGACCCCCGUGCUGAUAGUGCAUGGGUUUUGCCUGGAUGGUGGUGACUGGGUGGACAAUUUGCCUGAGAACAGCCUGGCUUUCAUCCUGGCGGACGCGGGACACGACGUCUGGAUCGGGAACAACCGGGGCAGCAGCUGGUCCCGCCGGCACCGCAGCCUCUCCGUGGCCUCCGAGGAGUUCUGGGACUUCAGCUUCCACGAGAUGGCCAUGUACGACCUGCCGACCAUGGUGGGCUUCAUCCUGAUGCAAACGGAGCAGGAGCAGCUGUUCUACGUUGGCCACGGUCAGGGCAGCUCCCUGGGUUUCAUAGCGUUUUCCAGCUUGCCACAUCUGGCCAGGAAAAUCAAACUCUUCUUUGCCCUGGCUCCUGUGUACACCUUCCGCCAUGCCCAGGGCCCGGUGCUAACCUUUCUACCAGACCUGCUGCUCAAGGAGAUGUUUGGAACCAGAGAGCUGGUUCUGGUGCCAAGGAAGGAGAAACUGCUCCUGGUUGAGUACUGCAGCAGUCUUCUAGUGGCUGAAAUAUGUGCCAACAGUAUCUUCCUUGUUGGAGGAUUCGACAGGGACAACUUGAACACUAGCCGACUGGAUGUGUAUUUAUCUCAUUUCCCAGACUAUACAUCAGUAAAAAAUCUUCUGCACUGGGGACAGACUGCAAAAACCGCCGAGUUCAAGCAGUUUGACUACGGGCUGAGAAACAUGGAGAAGUACAACCAGCUGAGGCCUCCCUUUUACCAGAUCGAAGCCAUGAGGGUGCCGGUGGCCCUGUGGAGCGGGGGGCAAGACUGGGUCACUCCCCCUGAGGAGACCCAGCGCUUGCUGGCCCGCCUCACCAACGUUGUGCACCACGAGCACUUCCCCAAAUGGAACCACUUCGACCACCACUGGGGCCUGAACGCCCCAGAGCACUUGUACCAGCAGAUGGUGGCCAUGAUGGAGGAGAAUCCAUGAAUCCAUCCGUGGAUCCAUCCAUGGGUCCAUCCAUGGAUCCAUCCGUGGAUCCAUCCAUGGGUCCAUCCAUGGAUCCAUCUGUGGAUCCAUCCAUGAACCCAUCUACGAAUCCAUCCAUGAACCCAUCCAUGAAUCCAUCCAUUAACCCAUCUAUGAAUCCAUCCAUUAACCCAUCCAUAGGUCCAACCAUGAACCCAUCCAUGAAUCCAUCCAUUAACCCAUCUAUGAAUGCAUCUAUGAAUCCAUCCAUAAA